AAUUAAUUAAUUCAAUUAUAAAUUAGUUAAAAAAUAAUCAUAAUAACAAUGAAAAAUUAUAAUAAAUAAUAUUCAACAAAUUUGAUAAAAAAAUAUACCAAAAUAAGUGCACACAAUAAUGUCCCUGGUGCUAAUUAUAUUUUUAACCUGUGCCUUAUGCUAUUUUAUACACGCUAAGUGGGAUAUACUUAGAGUCGGCUGUCGUAUACGCGGACCAUGGGCCAUACCGCUGGUCGGUAAUGUGCAAAUGAUAAGUAAAUUGAAGCCAGAAUCUUUAUUCAAAAGCAUCGCCGAUUUUCGUGCCAAAUACGGUGAAACCUAUCGUUUAUGGCUAGGCCCCGAGCUGUGGGUGUUUCUGCAUAGUCCAGCGGAAACGCGUGAAGCUUUGAAUGAACCGACACUAACGAGACCGGUGGCAUUCCAACAAUUGAGCGUACUAAUCGGCAAUGGUUUGUUGAUAAGUCAUGGCAAACAGUGGGAAACACAUCGACGUGCGCUAAGCCCCGCUUUUCACCCAAAUAUACUCAACACUUUCACACCUGUGAUAGCGCAGCAUGGCGAUGAAUUAGUGGGAAAAUUGCAUGCAACCAAGGGUAACUCAAUUGAAGUAAGCGAUUAUCUCUUCGCUUGUAUAUUGGAUGCGAUUGUUGAAACCUCAAUGGGUAAACAGCUGAAUUCACUCACGAAUCCACACAAUAGUUACGCACACGCCUUUCACAAAGCCAGUGAGUUGCUCUUCAAACGCAUGACGAAUCCACUAUUGGCGUUGGAUUUCAUAUUUCAACGCACAAAAAUGUAUCGCGAGCUCAGCGCGUCUGUCGCAGUGAUACAUCAGCUGAUGGCAAGUGUGAUUGAUGAACGCAUCGAGGCACUUAAACAACAGGAGGCGUUGGUUACUGAAACUGCUACAGCGCCAGCCGAAGAAGGCAUACGCAAGCAACGUCGUACACUGUUGGACACACUGCUAACCACACAAAUAGCUGGGGAGCAGUUGACACGCAGCGAAAUUUGUGAUGAAGUGAAUACGUUUGUGUUCGCGGGUGUUGACACUACCACGGCAGCAAUGUGUUUUGUGCUCUACAGUCUUGGUAAAUACACGGCAGAACAACAAAAAUUGGUACUUGAAAUUGAAGAGCAGCUCUUGGAUGUUGCUGUACUAACAGCUGACACACUCAAUCGUUUGACAUAUUUAGAUCUUUUCAUUAAGGAAGUAUUACGUUAUUAUACCAUAGCGCCACUCACGGGGCGGCAGACUACCGGCGAUACGGUGAUAGGUGGACGGCACUACUGCGCUGGUGUAACACUUUGGAUUGAUUUGUAUGGUCUAGCACAUGAUACGCAAUAUUUUGAAAAGCCAGCGGAGUUUCAACCGUUGCGUUUUGCACAAACACAAAAGGAACAGUUGCCGCCUUAUGUCUAUAUGCCAUUCUCGGGUGGACCACAUAUGUGUAUAGGACGUAAUUAUGCGCUACUUAUUAUGAAGAUGCUAACGGUGCAGAUUUUGCGGAAUUUUGUAGUAGAACUGCGCGAUCCACAUGAGGAGUUAGUGCUGCAAUCGCAAAUGGUGCUGAAGUCGCUGAAUGGUUUCAAUUUGUUAUUCAAGCAUAGAGUAAAAACGGUGUAGAAAGUGAUGUGAAGGUUAUUUUAUUGCUUUUUUAUUUUGAAUCUGAAUAACAUACUUGACCGUAUAACUUUUAAGUCUUGAAUAAAGUAUCUACUUGACCGCACACUAACUGAAAUAAAAAAAAUAAAAUUAUUUUAAUUUUAGUUGUUCGUGUUCUUAUUAGGCCUAUUAUACUCCUCCUAUGUUCUAACUCUGCUGCUGGACUGGCUUGGCCCUUUCGAAUGAGCAUCCAGCUACUUCCGGUAUCACAUAUCCGAAGGCCAUAGAACUUAAUUGUCAGCAAAUAUCGACAAAAACAAACGAAACACCUUUGAAAUUACUCUAUUCAAAAAGUUUAUUCUCGCUUAAAAAGCUUUUAAAAUACUCUAUUUCAC